AUGUUUCCUGCUAAUGAUGCAAGUAACACGAAAUUUGUCUUGGACCGAAUAAAUCAAGCGGAGAAGUAUUUGGGUACUAUAUGUAUGCAAUUUGGUAAAGUUUGUCGUAAGGAAGCACGGCUACGCGAUUGCAAUGAUGAAUUAGUGCAAAAUAUGUUCGAAUUUGCUGAUCGUGAGCGAAUCAACACAUCUUUAAGGCAAAGUUUACAGCAAUACGCGAGUUAUCUCUCCGCUGUCGAAGACUAUCGCAACACACUGAUCACGCGAAUUGAAAGUCAAAUACUCGACCCACUUGCUAAGUACGGCGAAAUUAUGAAACUUAAACGACAAGCGGUACAAAAAGCAAUUGCAGCUCGAGAUAAAGGUGUUCAACGACAACGUAAAUUACAACAAACGACCAAUCGUAAUCCAGGAAAUCGUGAUGCUAUUGUUGCAAUGCAAGUCAAUGCUGAAUAUGCUCAAACAGAAGCAUCACGUGCUGACAAUGUUGUUCAAGAUGAAAUUGAUAAAUUUGAACAGAUGAAACUAACAGAUAUUAAGAAAUAUCUAACAGACUUUACAUUAAUUAAUUUAUCUUUCCACGCUCGUGCGAUGGAAAUGUUCACCUAUGCACAUCAACAAUUAAUUAAUAUUGAUGUUGCGCGCGAUCUCGAAGAAUUCCGUACAGCUGCACCAUUUCAUCGUCUUCAUCCAUCUCAACGAAGUGUUAGUGAAACUGCAUUGAAUGAUCCAAGACGAACAACAGGUGGUGGACUUAGUAACGAACACUCGGGUUCAAUGAGUGCUUUACCAGAUCGUCGUCGUGAUGCGGAGUUUGGUUCACGUCACAGUCUACCAGCCGAGAGUAAUGCAUACCAUGGUGGUUCGUUAGAACGAAGUGAACAUCGAAAAUCUCAAGCACCACGUGCUAGUGGUCGUAGUGCAAGUCCUAUACAUGAACAUUCAUCAAAAAGUAGCAAUAAAAACAAAACGGUUAAACCGACUGUGGCUGAAUCCUACUCAUCUGAUUCGAGUGAUUCAGAUGAUUAA